AUGUUGUUGUUUCCAUUGUCAUCAGUUAUCCUUUUGUACAUCAUUUUCACUGCAGAACUCUACAAGAUGGUUUGUGAUCCAGAUGAGACUAAUCUAGACAUACAUAUACCUGCUAUCAUGCUCCCACAAGAUGCUGGCACAAGUUUGGAAAAAAUGUUACUGAACAGUUCGUCAGUGUCUGUGCAGUUGUACUCUCCACGACGACCAGUAGUUGACAUAGCAGAAGUAUUUCUGUGGCUGAUGGCGGUUGGUACUAUCGUCUGUGCCUCUUAUUGGUCAGCAUGGAGUGCUAGAGAAGCAGCUAUAGAACAGGACAAACUAUUAAAGGAUGCUUGUGAAGAAGUUCCAGCCACCAAAGCUAUUAGUGGGAGCAGUGUGGUGGACAUCAACACAAUAUCAGCAGUCUUAUUUGUUGUCAUCGCAUCAUGCUUCUUGAUUCUAAUUUACAAACUAAUGUCAUUGUGGUUCGUUAAGCUUUUGGUGGUUCUUUUCUGCAUGGGUGGUGUAGAGGGUCUGCAAACUUGCAUUGUUGCCUUACUUUCGAGGUGGUUCAAACCUGCUGCAGGAGCAUUCAUUAAAUUACCUUUCUUUGGAGCGCUCUCAUAUCUUACUUUGGCUGUUUCUCCAUUCUGCAUGGCUUUCGCCAUUGUUUGGGCAGUGUAUCGAGACCGGUCCUUUGCUUGGAUAGGUCAAGAUGUACUUGGAAUUGCGCUCAUAAUUACAGUUUUACAGAUUGUACAUGUACCAAACCUUAAGGUGGGUACUGUACUCCUAAGUUGUGCCUUCUUGUACGACAUAUUUUGGGUAUUUGUGUCUAAGAAGUUGUUCGAAGAAAGUGUGAUGAUUGUGGUAGCACAAGGUGACAGAAGUGGAGAGGAUGGUAUUCCAAUGCUACUAAAAAUCCCACGCAUGUUUGAUCCAUGGGGUGGUUACAGCAUAAUAGGCUUUGGUGACAUCCUUUUACCAGGACUGGUAAUAGCGUUUUCGCUUAGGUAUGAUUGGUUGGCAAAGAAGAAUCUUCGAACUGGAUACUUCAUGUGGGCUAUGUUUGCUUAUGGUUUAGGUCUUCUCAUUACUUACAUGGCACUAAAUUUGAUGGAUGGCCAUGGCCAACCGGCACUGCUUUAUAUCGUUCCAUUCACACUUGGGACCUUUUUGACAUUGGGGAGGAAGAGAGGUGACCUAACAAUUCUUUGGACAAGAGGAGAACCAGAAAGGGCCUGCCCACAUAUCAAACUCGAAAGCCCUUUAGAAUCAAACCCAGAUAAGUAAGUCGUUCCUCUUGUAAAUCAAUCGAAGCAGAAGCGCUAUACGUAAUGGAUCAUCAUCACUCUUAUGGUAAAAAGUCCAGCUUAUCAAACAUUGGCUAAACUAGCAAUUGCCAGAAAGUUUAAUGUGCUCUCUAAUUAACCCAGGAUUACACUGGCAGUGUGCAUGACAGUGUAUGAUUGAUGCAAGAUUUGGCUCCAUGAUAAAAUGCAUUAUGUUUUCUGUUUUCUGUUGCUUCACUUUUGGUUAUCAUCAUCAAACUCCUUCUAUUUUUGGCAGUUUUGUUC